GCCUAGCGUCUCGCCAUGCAUCUGGGCUCAGUGGACGAUAUGCUCUUUAUAAGACAUGUUCCUGUCGACAUAGUAAGCCCUUGAUCUCCAGUGACUAGCAACUCCAUCUCUUUCACCUGUUGACAGGCAGCAAGGUGGUGUGACGUCAUGCUGGGUCCACGUGCAUGGUGUGAACUUAGCCUCAUGCUGAGCUUGGUGUUUGUACUCGUGACGGGUCGCGAGCUCUUCCGGUGCUGCACACCUAAGGCAUGGCGCACGACGGCACGGACGAUGGAGGCUAGCAUUAUUCAAGGCACCAAUAAGUUCCAUGAAGUCUGGAAAGUGAUUAAUUACGAUGAAGAAAACGAGAGAUUCUCCACUUCCCUGACUACGAUAGACGGCCAUCCUGAAAGUCUGCGAGUUGUUUUGGACUUCCGGAAGAAUGCUAGCUAUGUCAUCGUCAAUGAGACCAGAUGCACGCGCCAUGAGGUCACAGAGCCGUUUCGUCCUGUCUGUACUCCACACAAUGCAUCUAUGGUUGCCUUCGGUGUGGCCCCCAUUCUAAGUCCGCUGGAAGGUGUGUUUGCCAACACUGUAUACUACAACACCUCUGACGUCACUGGUCAGGUGACCAUUACCGUUGGAAACUGUGCAUUGAUAGCGGAAACGACAUACUAUCACAGAGAAGGUGUCAAUAUAGUUCAGAACACACAAUACCUCAACCAAACGUUGUGGGUUGAUGAAAAGGCUUUUGCUGUGCCUGCAGGUUGCAAUACUGAAGUGGUGAUGAGCCAACUCGCAGGGAUGGCAUCUCUUGGACUUCUAAAGCAGAGUGUGUAAGAGUUUAGUCUCCAAAAGGUCUGUUUAAUGUUGGGCCAUUACAAACCCAUAAUAAUUAUUUCAAGUGUCAAAAUUUUUGAAAAUUUCUAUUUCAAAAGACAUGCUGGGUUUUUCCUGUAUAAUUUCUUUAUUUUUUUUUGGACGGGAGGGGAGGAGUUUUUUAAAUUCUAAAAGAUAUCAGCAGCACUGAGUAUCUGGUGGCGCAAAAGCUUAGCACUUAUCACCAAUACAUUGAGGAUUGGGCGUCCUUGGUUCAUAACUCUUCUGGGGCGUUUGAUUCUUACUCUGCUUGUGACACUUGUUAGCUUGUGAUACAGCCUUACUGGUUGGUUUGCCGUAAGAGAUCAUGCAAUCACACCCACCCCUCCCAAAAAUGCAAUAAAUUGAAAAGCAGUCUUGCGUUAUUUGCUCUUGUCACGUAUCCGCUCACUAUAUGAAGUUUUCAUUUCUUUCCGUUUUGAUGGUCUUUGUGCAGAAAAUUAAAGGAAUGAAGUCAUUG